CAUUCUCCUCCUCAGGGAAGAAGAAGAAGAAACAAUUCUGAAAUCCUCUCCCUUUGAACGAAGAACAACGCAAGAGUAAGAUCAAAUAUAUGGAUAUGAGAUGCAGAGUCCUUUCAUCCUCUGUAUUCAUUAUUGGAGUUUGUGGAAAGCAAUCUGAUCUUGCUGCGGCGUUUCCGUUGAUAUCUCAAUCUCAGCUUUUCGAUCGCUUAACGCCUUGGUUUGGUUUUCUUCCUAAAUGAUAGCUGAAACGACGCGCUCGCUUAUUUAAUCAACACAAAAGGCAAUUUUCUUUUUGGGUUUAUUAAAGUUUCAGUUUCAUCGGUCCUAGUGCACUCAUUAAAGGUAUCAACUAUCAAGUGAUUGCAUCUCGUGGGGUGGGCUGGGGUUCAAAUUUGACUAAGCAAGAUGAGUGUUUAUGGUGGUCCCUUGGGAACGAAGAAUCCACGGGCGAAGGAGAAGUUGCCUGGAUGGGCGGCAUUUGAUCAUAAGCAGCGGCAGAAACAAGAUAUUGGACCUGAAGUAGCUGAGGAUCCAUACCCACCCAUGCCAACCACUCAAGGCCCUAUCCGCCCCUGCAAAAACUUAGUGAAGAAUAAUGAUUUUUCAGUGAGACCUUUCGCUUCAGUGUUGCUACCAUCUGUUGAGCUUCCGACUUUAACAGAGGACAAAAAGUUAGCAGGAGUUGGUGAUUCUAGUGCCAGACAAAGAAAUGAGGCUGUUGAGGAAAGGAGUCAAGAUGCAGUGUUUGAGAAGCUAAAAGAGCUUCACGGGUGGGCCGAUGAUAGUUUGAUUGGUGAUGUUAUGACAGCGGUGGAUAACGAUUUUGACAAGGCCUCAAUUUUACUGAAAGGAAUGGUUUCUACCGCCAAGACUGGAGAGAGUGCGGAAACAAAUAAGUCUAAGCAACAAUUUACUUCUGAUCACGUUUUAUCUGCGAAAAAGACAGAUAACAGAGUUUUCUUUGGAGAGACAGUUGACCUUGCUGAUAUGAGUUCUAUUCUUGAGGGUCUUGGAAACUACUGUGAAGAUUUGGGUUAUGUAGAUGCUUCUGGCAGGGAGAGGCUGUCUGAUGUUGCUGCUGCUGGCGAUAUUUUGGAAUCCAUUAAGUGGUACUUGAAUAAUAUACCUGUUGAGCCUGAGUGGAAAGAGGAUGAUGUUUACUUGAGGCAUCGGAAAGAUGCGCUCAGAAUGAUGAGGUCAGCUUCUCAACAUUCUAGAGCAGCCACUAAUGCUUUUAUAAGAGGUGACCAUGAUGCUGCUCAACAGCACUCAUCAAAGGCUCGAGAGAAAUGGUCCGCUGCUGAACGACUUAAUGCGGAGGCGGCCAAGCAAAUUUUAAGCAUAAGAAAUAGCCAAAAUGAUAUGUGGAAAUUGGACUUACAUGGUCUCCAUGCAACAGAAGCUGUUCAAGCUUUGAAAGAGCGUCUGCAAAAAAUUGAGAUGCAUACCUCAACUAAUCGUUUGGUAUUGCCGGAUAGAGCCAAGUCAAAGACUAGUUUUGAACAUGCUUCAUCACUCGAGUCAUUUAGAUAUAUGGCUGCAGAGACCUUGGGUGAGCAACAUACAACAAUUAGAAAGAGACCGAUAUAUUUACAAGUUAUAACAGGUAUAGGCAACCAUAGUCGGGGUGAGGCUGCACUCCCAACUGCGGUUAGAAAUUUCCUUAACGAGAAUGGGUAAAGCAUUCUGCCAUCCGGCCUUAUCUCUCUCGGCUUGCUUUAAGAAUACCGAUCUGAUGAGCCCAGACCAGGGGUUAUUUCAGUUUGGCCCAAGUUCCGGCACGGGUGAAAGAACAUCUUCCGCCAUGGUUUGUAUGUCAUAAACUAUGUAGAUGUAGAAGGCCAUGGUGAAAGCUGGGUGGAGCUUUACAUGGAUUAUUGUUUGUCACAAACACAAACUAGGAGCAUGAGAAUUUUUUUUAAAAAAAAGAUUAUAGUAACAUAAACAGAUUCAGCUAUUGUAAUAAUAGAUUUCAUGUGCACAAACUAGCAUGAAUUUUUUUGAAUAAGAUUGUUGUAACUUAAUGGAUUCUGCUCUUGUAAUGAUAGAUUACAAUUUUUUUA